AUGGCACCUACUACCGUGGAGCGCAUCGAGUCGCCCGUCACCGUCAGGGCCUACCUGAUGUGUGCUUUUGCCGCCUUCGCCGGUAUCCUGUUCGGUUACGAUUCGGGUUACAUCAACGGUGUCAUGGGUACAGAAGUCUUCAAGCAGGAGUUUGGAAGCCGUGGAGAAGUCACCGAGGCCAACCCCAGUGGCUACAGCGUUUCUGCUGGCAACCAAUCGCUCAUCAUUUCCAUCCUUUCUGCCGGUACCUUCUUUGGCGCUCUCUUCGCUGGCGCCCUCGCGGAUUGGAUCGGUAGACGUACUACUAUCAUCCUCGGCUGCGGUGUUUUCAGUGUCGGUGUUAUCCUCCAAGUCGCUUCUACCUCGAUCCCUCUCAUCGUCGUCGGUCGUUUGAUCGCUGGUGUCGGUGUCGGAUUCGUGUCAGCUGUCAACAUUCUGUACAUGUCCGAGGUCGCCCCCCGCAAGGUCCGUGGUGCCAUCGUUUCAUGCUACCAAUUCGCUAUCACGAUCGGUCUCAUGCUUGCCUCGAUUGUCACCUACGCUUGCCGCAACUACACAAAUACUGGCGCCUACCGCAUUCCCAUCGCCAUCCAGUUCGCUUGGGCCAUCAUUCUCGCCACUGGUCUCUUCCUCUUGCCCGAGUCCCCUCGCUACUACGUCAAGAAGCAACAGCUCGACAGAGCCGCCAAGGCCCUCGGCCGUGUUCGUGGCCAGCCUGCGGACAGCGCCUACAUUGUCGACGAGCUCGCCGAGAUCCAGGCCAACUUCGAGUACGAAAUGUCAGUUGGUACUGUCAGCUGGGCCGGUAUGUUCUCUGGUGGCAUUGGUAACCGCAACUCCAACGCUCGCAAGGUCUUCAUUGGUAUCGUGCUCCAGAUGAUGCAGCAGUGGACUGGUGUCAACUUCAUCUUCUACUUCUCGACCUCGUUCUUCAAGUCUAUCGGUAUUCAGAACGCCUUCUUGAUCUCGAUGAUCACCACCAUCGUCAACGUCUGCUCCACCCCUAUCUCCUUCUGGACCAUUGAGCGCUUCGGUCGUCGUCCUCUCCUGAUCUACGGUGCCAUUGGCAUGUGUGUCUGCGAGUGGAUUGUUGGUAUCGUUGGUACCGCCGAUGCUGGCUCCCGUGCAUCCCAGAUUGUUCUCAUUUUGUUUACCUGCAUCUACAUUUGCUUCUUCGCCCAGACCUGGGGUCCCACCGCUUGGGUUUCCAUCGGUGAACUCUUCCCUCUGCCCAUCCGUUCCAAGGGUGUUGCCAUGUCUACUGCCUCUAACUGGUUCUGGAACUGCAUCAUUGCUGUUAUCACUCCCUACCUUGUCGGAGAAAACGAGGGCAACCUGGGACCCAAGGUCUUCUUCCUGUGGGGCUCGACUUGCGCCGUCUGCAUUGUCUUCGCCUACUUCUUCGUCCCCGAGACCAAGGGACUUUCCCUCGAGCAGGUCGACAAGAUGAUGGAGGAGGUCUCUGCUCGCAAGUCUGCCGGCUGGGUCCCUCACGACACCUUUGCCCAGGAGAUGGGCAAGGACUCCUCCGCUCUCGAGGAGGUCGUCCACGAGUCCAAGGUUUAA